AUGACGCCAACCAACAAGGCAGACAGAGGACUGCCAUCUCGGCUUCUAUCAACGAGCCAGCACUACAUUGCGCUCGCAUUUCACCGGUUUCAGCAGCUGCAUCUUUUUGGAAAGAUCCUCGUCUGCCUAUUGUUCCUGUUCUAUCUCGCCCUUGGACUCUUUAUCGUUGUCGUCACUCCAGCUCGUAUCGCCCAGUUCCUCUACGAUGGAGCCCAGAAACUGAACAAUCUACCGUUCGGAUGGGCUUUAAUUGGACUGGUUAUCGUGAUCAUCUCGAUCCCUCCUAUGAUCGGGCAUACAACAAUGCUUCAUGUCUGCGGUUUUGCCUAUGGCCUUAAGGGGUUCCCACUGGCAGCGGCUGCAUCCGUCAUCGGCUCUUCCGCUGUAUUUCUUGCCUUGCGCUUCUUGUUCGGCAAGAAACUUCGUGCAUGGUCUUCAAGCAACGACAAAUGGCAAGCUCUCGAGACAGUCAUUAAUGCCAAGGGCCUUCCAUUGAUCAUCCUUAUUCGGGUCUCGUCGUUCCCUCCUUGGGUAUAUUCGAAUACCCUGUUUGCGUCCAUCCAAACUGUGUCGAUCUGGCAGUUCGUCGUGGCUACUAUCUGUAUUUUCCCAAGAUUUCUUUUGUAUGUCUUCAUCGGAUCGCGAAUGGCUGCCUUGUCCGAUGGUAAUCAGAGAAACAAGAUGGACACUCAAACCAAGAUCAUCAAUGGUUUCUUGAUCGCGGGUGGGUUGACGAUCAGCGUCAUUGCCAGCUGGAUUGUCUACACCCUCAUGCAGAGGCAGCUAAGACAGUUGUCUCCCGAGCUCGAUGAGCGAGUUGAAGAAGCCUUAGAGAACGCGGACGAAGGCGCCCCGCUGUUGCAUAGCUUGUCUUGA